CCGUCUCACACCACCAAAUUACGCACACGGCCACAGCCAGAGCCCCUCCUCAAACCCAUUCAUCAUGGACUCCACCCCAACCCCACCCCAACCCCAACUCCCAACCCCGCACUUCUCUCUCAAAGCCUCUGCUCGCAAACUCCCCAUCAAACGCAAAACCCCUCACCCCUCCUCCUCCACUCCUAGCCCUAACUCUAACCCUAACCCUAAUCUCAUCCCCAAAACAGAAUCCACCGCAGACGACGACCCCGACGACUCCGGCAACACCAAGACACCGCCCUUCAAGUUCCACCGUAUAUGGACGGAGCCCGACGAGAUUCGCUUCCUGCGAGGCCUUCUCGAUUGUUCCUCCGAAGACCUUUCCUUCCCCAGAGAUCUCCACAUUUUCUAUGCUCGCUUCUCCCAGACUAUGUCCCAGCCCUACUCCAAAUCUCAGCUCUCCGAGAAGCUUCGCCGCCUGCGCAAGAAGUUCCGGGUCAUCUCGGCCCGCCUCGCCCGCGGCCUCCACCCGGCGCAGCUCUCACCUCACGAUCGCGCGUUAUUUGACCUCUCGAAGAGGCUGUGGCACCCUGACUACUCUUCUGCCUCUCCGUUUAAUAACAAUUUGAGUAACAUUUGUGGCAAAAAGAGUAAAUCUACAUUGGUUGGGGUGAAGGUUAGCUUUUCACCUACAUUGCCAUUGAAUUCGGCUUCUCAUCAAACUCAUCUUUCCAAUUGGAAUGAGGAUUACAUCUUGGAUUCCACUGAUGAUGGUGAUGAUAAUGGUGAUAAUGCUAAAGUUGAUAAGGUUGAUGGCAUUGUUGAGGUGGAUGUUGUGAAUUUGGAGUCUCCAAAUUUUGGCACGCAAGAAAAGGAAUCAGGUGACACUGGUGGGAUUGGUGGGCUUGCUGCCAAAACUGUUAUCGAUGUGUUUGAUCAGUCUCUUAAAGAGGUCAGUAUGGUCCUUGUUCGCCGAGGGAUCCUUUGUCCAGAUAGUAUGUCAGCUCCGGGAAAUGCUAUGGAUUUUGAAAACAAGUGGCGGCAACAACGGGUGGCAGAGCUGGAUGUGUUCACUCGUCGAUUGAGGUUGGUUCUUCAGAACUCUCUUGGACAGCGGUGGGUAUGAUACUCUUCAUCUGUAAAUGAAAUGGAUCUUUCCAUUUGUUUAUUCGUUUACUUUACCAUAUUAAUCAUUUCCCUUUUUCUUUCUACCUUUGGGUGAUUUUUUGUAUAUUCCAUCAUAGAUCCUACUUAGCUCAUCCGUAUUGGUUGAACACUUUAUUUAAUGACAAUUGAUUACUCUCUA